AUCCUUUUGCUUUGUGCUCAUCAUGUUCACAACUCAUCACCCAAUGUUAACUUGUCAGAAUAAAGGGAUUCAUAGCCUAAUAGGUGAUCAAAAAAAGGGUUGAUUACAUGCCAUAACUCAGAAGUCUGGGAAUUCCCUGCUGAUUUAGAUCAAUUUAAUAUUCGAAUGAGAAAUUUAAGAACUUGCAUGUUACCAAAUAAAUGGUACCCAAUAAAAGAGGUAAGAAUCAUUCAUCGUUUCCGCUGUGAUCAGUUUUUUACCUGUGCUUUUCUUGUGCCGGUGCAGAAGAAUUGGAUAUGUUUUGCACUUUUCUGGCACACGAAUGCUUGGGUCAAUAAUCUUUCUGCUCCUCCGGUACUUCUUUCGAGUUUAAGCAAUCUAACGGAAUUUGCUUCCUCAAUGAAUCAAACCUUGAAUCACAGAAAAUGAACCCAAACCCCCCUCCAAACCCCUCCUUAAACCCUUCUCAGCUGAUCACCACCAUCACCAACCUCCUCACCACCCAAAAAAGCCCCUUAUCGCCGCCCUCCUCCGCCCUCCUCCGCCCUUAUCUCCCCCACCUAACCCCACCGAUCCUCCACUCCAUUUUCACUUCCCCCACCCUCCUCUCUUCCCACCCCACUUCCCUCCUCUCUUUCUUCAAGCUGGUUCAAUCCCACAAGCCCUGCCUCACCCUCCCCCUCCCUUCCCUAAUCUCCCUCCUCAAUUCCCUCUUCCGCCGCAACAAAUUUGCCGAUGCCAAGGCCCUCCUCCUUUCCUUCAUUUCCUCCGAUCACCCCCGCCACAACCUCCACCACCACCUCCUCCACCCCUCCAAAUCCCUCCCUCCGCCCAAUAAUGCCCUUUUAGACACUUCCAUUGGCGCCUACUGCCAAUGCGGCCACACCCACCUCGCCGCCAUGGUUUUCAAGAAGAUGAAGCGCCUCCGCCUUCGCCCGAAUCUACUCACUCUCAAUACCCUCUUGAAUUCGCUGGUAAAGUACCCUUCCACCCACUCAAUCCAUUUUUGUAAAGAGUUAUUGAAUGAUGCUCUUAAGCUCGGCGUUAAGACAAAUACAAAUACUUUUAAUAUCUUGAUAAGCGGAUAUUGUUUGGAACAUAAGUUCAGAGAUGCUACUAUUUUGUUGAAUGAAAUGAGGGAGUUUGGUUGUGAACCAGAUAGUGUGAGUUAUAAUACGAUAUUGGAUGCCUUAGGUAAGAAGGGGAGGUUGCAAGAGGUUCGUGAUUUAUUGCUCGAUAUGAAGAACAGAGGGUUGGUUCCGAAUAGGAAUACGUAUAAUAUCUUGGUUAAUGGGUACUGUAAAAUGGGGUGGUUGAUGGAUGCUGCUAAGAUCAUUGAGUUGAUGACCCAAAAUAGUUUGUUGCCUGACAUUUGGACCUACAAUAUGUUGAUUAACGGGUUGUGCAAUGAGGGAAGGAUUAAUGAGGCGUUUAAGCUUUGUGACGAUAUGGAGGGGUUGAAAUUGUAUCCCGAUGUGGUUACUUAUAAUACUUUGAUUAACGGGUGCUUCAAAAAUGGAAGAAGUUCUGAGGCUUUUCAGUUGCUUGAGGAGAUGAAAGGGAGAGGAGUGAAACUAAAUGAGGUUACUCAUAAUAUCGUGGUUAAGUGGUAUAGUAAUGCAGGGAAGAUGCAUGAAGCUAGUGAUGUUUUACGUAGGAUGGAAGAGGAUGGGUUUUCUCCAGAUUGUGUAACCUACAACACUUUGAUAAGCGGAUACUGCAAAGCUGGGAACUUGGCUGAAGCUUUUAGAAUAAUGAACGAAAUGGGUGGUAAAGGUUUGAAAAUGGAUACUGUGACUCUGAAUACUGCUCUUCACUCUCUUUGUCAACAAAGGAUGCUUAAUGAGGCACGUGACUUACUUAAGAGUGCAGUAAAGCGAGGCUACAUUGUUGAUGAAGUUAGUUAUGGCACUCUAAUUGUCGGUUACUUUAAAGAUGAAAAUGUCGACACAGCUCUCAAGCUCUGGAGUGGGAUGAAAGAAAAAGGUAUUUUUCCCAGCAUUAUCACAUACAACUCUGUGAUAGCAGGGCUUUGCAAGACUGGAAAAACUGAACAAGCAAUGGGGAAACUCAAUGAGCUUUUGGAGAAUGGGUUGGUCCCUGAUGAAAUUACCUACAACACUAUUAUUCAAGGCUACUGCUGGGAGGGAAAUAUUGAGAAAGCAUUUCUCUUUCACAAUAAAAUGGUUGAGAAAUCAUUCAAACCUGGCAUCUAUACAUGCAAUAUUCUUCUUCGUGGGCUUUGUAGGGAAAGGAUGCUUUCAAAAGCUAUCAAGCUAUUUAACACAUGGAUAUCAAAGGGGAAAGUACUUGAUGCAGUAACUUACAACACAUUGAUAACGGCCUUAUGUAAAGAAGGGAGGCUUGAUGAGGCAUUGGGCCUUGUUGCUGAAAUGCAAGAAAAGAAGCUAGAGCCUGACAGUUACACAUAUAAUGCCAUUGUUGGUGCAUUUGCUGAUGUGGGAAGAAUAAAUGAAGCGAAGGAGCUCCUGCCAAAAAUGGCUGAAAUGGGAAUAUCAUUUGACCUACCUGCAGCAAUAAACAAAGAGCAAGAUGCCGCUGGUGAAUCAUCUGAUCAGUUUGAUCAAAGUUCUAUUGCUACUGCAGAGCAGAUAACUGAGCUAUGUACUAAAGGGAGAUUCAAAGAUGCCAUGCAUAUAUAUGGAGAAAUGACUAAGAAGGGUAUUGCUGUUCACAGAUCUGCAUAUAUUGCCCUAAUGAAUGGGCUUGUCAAGAGGAGGAAAAGUACACUGAAGUCUGUUUGAUUUUUGUUUUGGUGUUGCGUGGCUCAUCUCCUUUGCAAACUGGAAAAAUAUAGUUGGCCAUACCAAGUAAGGUUGUUUCUUCCUUCUUUCUUUUUUACUAUUAACAUGUUCCUUACAUUGUGAAGCUUGAUAUGUUGGUAUGUCUAUGCUGGUUCAUACUGAAUAUGUGACUUCAUUAAUAGAGCUAAGCAUGAUGACACGUUCAAGCAAGCAUUAAUUGUGUCAAAUCUGUAUUGAUUCCCAACAAUCCCAUCGAAACUCUUGAAAUGUUGUUUGACUAUUUCUGAUCAUGUCUUUCAGCUAGGAUGCUUCUGAAGGACUUGUCUAUUAUGUGUCUCACUAAGUGUUAUGCAUAUCUAAAACAUGGACAUGAGGUGUAGUCUUGCAUUUUGAGGCAUAAUUGGUAAUUAGUGUCAGACAAAAGGAUAAAUACUGUACGAUCUAUAUUUUGUAGGUAUUAGUGAUGUUACGGGUUGUAAGAAAAGCAACAUUUGGUGAUUCCAUAAAUCCCAUUAGCCUUUACCUACAUCACAAGGUCCACAUGUUAGGCCAUCAACACAAUUCUGUGUAAGAGUUGUUAUACUGCUAUUAGGUUGGCAGGUUGAUGUGCUUCUUGGAUGCGUGCAUAACUAUCUACUAGUUGACGAUGCUUAAGAUUCAGGUGAAGUAAAUAUUUGUUGUUUAGUGUCUGCCAUUAUCGUCCCUUAUAUUUGUUCAUCUCUGAUGCAGCAUAACUUGAGAUGCUGACCUUUAGAUGUUUAGUUUAAAAGUUCUGUCAUAUGAAGCAUGUGCUGCAGUUCCUCUUUUCAAUUUUGCCAAGUCCAUAUGAUGACCAUCGUACAUCAAUGUCUUUCUGUUCAUAAACACAGGAGAAGCAUACUAUCUGUUCAUGAAAUGUACUAUUUCUUUAAUCUGGAGCACGUGCUGCAACACAUCUUUAAUCUGAGCAAGUUCAUGUGAUGAUAGUCAUGUACAUUAAUGUUUUUCUUUUCACAGACACAGAAAAGCAUGCUAUCUGUUUAUGAAUUGAACAGUUGCUUUGAGAGUUAUUUUUACUAAUCAAAAGGAAGCAUUGUAUUUUUCUUUGUAGUUAUAAGUUGGAAAGUCUUACACUUUUGACACAGAAUAGCAGUUCUAAGUUAUUAGAGGUGGCUGUCUGUGUUGCUGCUACAUGAGCAAGAGGUUGACUGUGGACAUUCUUUCUUCAAGUUCGAGUGUCAGGAUGAGCAUCUCAAAACUGGUUGGGUUUCAUUUUCAACUGCUUCAGUGUCUGCUGAGGUGGCAGUUGUCAGUAGCAGUGGAGCAGGUUUAUCUAGAGCUGUUAUGGAGUAUAUCCAGUUUGGAAAGCAUUGACAAGAUUGAGAGAAAACCUUUCCAGGAUCUACACAGUAGAAUUUACAGGUGUAACUUUGGUCUUACCAGGGAGGUUGUUUUGAGAUAAACAGGAUUCAUGGGCUUUUCCCUGUUGGUCCAUUUCAUUGCUGAUAUGAUAUUGGAGCGAGUGGGUACCCUCUAUUUGAUUAUCAAAUAUCGUAGGAAAGUUGAAGCUCUAAUUGAUGCUGUAAUUGCGAUGCUAUUCUCACAGAUGAUAAGGUAGAAGACAAAGGUUCAGCAUACUUGGUGCUUUAUGUGAAACAGGUGGAUGGGCUGGUGAGAACACAGAUCAUCUGCGCCCUUAUCGGGUCUUGUCUGGUACCUAAAAGCAUAUAAGAUUUUAGGAUGGCUUGUGAUUGCUGAGUGCUAUCAGGAGCUGGAUUAGUUUCUAUUGUCUGAUGCCUAGCUAAGAGCAUAAAAUUUUGACGUGGUGGUUGUGAGAGGAGACAGAGUUUCCAAAACAGAAAGGCAUGGCAGCCUUGCCACUCAAGCUAUUUUCUGGACACUUUGUUGGAAAAGAAACUGGAGAGCUAUAGUUUUGGCAGUUGUAAUAUGUAGAGCUGUGGUAUGACCCCUGAUUUGUUCUGUUCAUUACCUUGGAGGUCCCUUAUUCCAUGGACGGUUAGAUUAUUCUUUUGCACUGCUUUUUGGCAGUUAAUUGUAUACUUUGUAUAGGCAUUACUCCUUGUACCAAAACAAUAUUAUCUCGACUACAUUUUAUCUCUUGUGUUGUCAGAAGUAUAGGUGCCCUCAUAGAGGUUGCAGAAAUUCUUGGCAUACCAUUGAUUCUAUGCAGCGACAGGAAAAUUCGAAGACUAGCUUAAA